CGCACGUUGUUCAAUUUGUAAUGAUAGAAAAACUAGAAACGCUAAUCGAGAACAAGUACAAUACUGCUUUGCAGAAUGGAAGUCUCUUCUUUUUCGAAACAGAAACAGAAACAAAAACGCAAGAUGGAAUCGAGUUUCAAAUCACAAAUGCGCCUUCUUUGUUAUCGAAACCCAAAUCUGCAGACGUAAAAAAUGGAGCUGGCAAUGAAGACCCGUUCGAAAACCCAAACCCAGAGCUACACGUCAAAGACCUCAAGGACCAUCGUUUGCUCCUCAACAAAUUUUGCGUUGUCCCUCACCACCUCCUCGUUGUAACAAAAGAGUUCAAGAAGCAAACAGAACCGCUUUUGCCAAGUGACUUGAGAGCUACAUGGGAAGUUCUUGCCCAACUGCCUCAGCCAUCAAUGGCUUUCUAUAACUGUGGUGAAUUAUCAGGCGCAAGCCAACCACACAAGCAUAUCCAAAUCGUCCCACUUUCAAAGGCCACAUUCUCCCCGCCAAUUAGUGUCGUUUAUGAACAUAUUCCUGGUCGUAAGGCUGGUGAGAUAUACACUAUCAAGAGUCUGCCCUACAUCCAUGUUCUUGUUCCUUUGGAUUUGAACUUCAUUGGAUCAACCACAGACAUGGACAUGGUAGAAGAUUAUUUGGGACAAAUGUUCUUCGGUCUCUUGGAUAGUAUGAUACAACAGCUUCGAGAAAACGAUAGCGAAAUAACUUUCUCUUUCAACUUCAUUCUUACCCACCAGUAUAUGAUGAUGGUUCCUCGACAAAAGGAGCAUUGGGAGGUUGCCGAGAAAGGCAUCAAAUUGAGCGUCAACUCAAUGGCAUUUGCUGGCCUAUUGUUGACUAAGACUGCAGAAGAGUUAGAAACUUUGAAGCAAACCAAUAUUAUAGAUCUUUUGUGCGAAGUGGGCGUCCGUAGAGGCGAAGGUGUUGGGAACUCUGUGCCAGAUGAAGCUUGAAAGUUUGAAUUCAUCAUUGGGACUGCUGAGACUCGCUGUCACUGUAUCCAAUAAAAAAUUACUUUUACCCUAAGA